AUGUGCAGGUAAGCAAUUUAUUCACUGUUGUUUUAUAUGAUGUAUAUUUCUAUUUGUUAAGAAUAUGUAUUAUUCCGGCAAGCACUAUUAUGCUAUGUUUCUUGAGAAUGAUUUAAUUCCUAAAUCCACUGUGUGACAUUGGACAAGUUUCUGUCUCUCAGCAUCAAUUACCCCCAUCUAUUAACUGGAAUACUAAAAAGUUUUCAUAUUGUAGGUUUUGAGUAGAGUGGGCCUGUUUGGGAGGAGAACCACCACAUUACAAUAUAAGGAUUUUAGCUGUGCAAUCCCAUAGAUUUACUCCAAUGGGGGAAGGGCUAGAGCACGUGCUUUUCAUUCAAAAGGUUCCAGGUGCAAUCCCUGGUCCUGCAGGUAGGAUUUGGAAAGAUCCUUACCUAAAUCUCUGGAGAGCAGCCGCCAGUCUGAGUUGACAGUGCUGCGCUAGAUGGACUUAAUAGUCUGACUUAUAAAGCAAAUUCCUAUGUACUCAGAAACGCAUCCCAUUGAAUUCAAUAAAUGAAUACAAAUUAUCAGCCUAAAUAACUUUGCAUAGUAUUUGUUAACAACACAAAAGAGCUCAGUGGUUUGCAAUGUAGACCCUGUUAUUAAUUUAUUUACUUUCUUAUAAACCUAUAUCGCACCCUUCUAGUGAGUUUGCAGCAGUUAAUAAAAUUCAGCAAUUAAAAACAAUACAAUCAAAUAACUUUAAUAAUAACGAUAUGAAAUAUUAAUUGCUUCUGCACAGACAUCUGAAACUAGGCAUGCUGUCUUAAUGUGUGACAAACUUGUCUUAGGUAAGAAGGAAUGUUCUUGAGGUUCCAAUGCAUGUUUCCAUGAUAGAUUUGCUCCUGCGACAUCACACAGGCAAUUUAAAAUGCCGCUUUCUAAUCAGCUCUAUUAGCUAUUCCCUCUGAAGUGUGAGUCCCUUGCAAGUCUGUCAGAGCUCAGGUCUCUGUGAGCUCUCAUGGCUCAUCUUUGACUUAUUAAGAACUUAUUAUUGCUCUGGGUUCCUCAUUCCACUAAAACAGGUCUGCUGGUGCGCUGAGAUUUGAUGGGCCAAGAUUUGCCACUGACUGCGGGUUUUAGAUCCUGACAUUUGGUAACCUAAAUGCAAGCUGACUGAGAAAUUAAUUUAGGUGCUUUUAUUAAAAUGCACAUGUUUUAAAAAGGCACGUAAAGUCAGAGCUUUUAGGUUAGAAAAUGGAUAACAUAAUAAAAGGCUUGUGUGAUCAAAGAUGACCGAGACACAUUUUGUGUUAUGUUGGUCAAAAACAAGGUCAAAAUAAUGAGUCACUCUCCAAUAAUUUAUAUAACAGUUUACAAAAGUAAACUGCUCCACAUUCAUGAGAGCAUUAAUUUUUUCAUUAACCUAGCUGUGCCAAUUGCUUCCUAUCAGCUCUCAUAGAGUGAGUAGCAACUGCUGCGGGAUGAUUAGCCAAAUGGCAGGCUGCCUCCUAUUUGCCUCACUUCCCUUCAAACCGCUCCCAUUGUAACCACUGUACUUGCUUCCCAUCAGCUGCUGCUGUGGCGACUCUGCUGUUGUCUUUAGUCCGAGGAAUGGUGUGUUGCCCUUUUACCAGCUAUAUGUGGUCAGAGGGCAACUCACCUGGAGACUGAGCAAAGGUAGCCUGGGUUUCCCUGCAUUUCUUAUUUUUUUCUUUGCUGCAGCUCAGCACAAUAAGAGAAAGGGUAGAUUGGAAAGCUUUGGGGCUUGGGAAGAGUAGGUUGUCUCACACUCUUUUCCCCGCUCUCCUGAUUAUGUGUCUUGAAAGCGUGUGAAGUGCUUGCCCAGUCUGGGGCCACACACAUCAGUUGUAUGGUUCUGAGGGAGAGACUGCAAGAUGCAGUACAGCCCAUGGACAUCUUAUGUGAGGUGGUCCUUAGGCUCAUCAAAUUUACUUGCAUUCCUGUUUUCUGGACCAGAAGGGGUAGAAAUGUGACCUAGAAAUUCUGAAAACAUUUUUUCUUUCUUUCCCUUGGAAAUUCAGCAAGCCUUAAAGCUUUCUGUGGCAACUGCUGGCUCCAAAAUUCCAAUAGUAGGCCAGAGCUAUACUGAAGUGGUAUCUAAUAGAGGCUUAUUAUAUUCUAUGAACAGACACGAGGUGGAGGAUCUUGCUUCCUUGCCAAUUGAGCAGCAUGUGUUGUAUUAUUGUGGAACCAUCACCUGUAGCCCUUGUUCUCCCUGUCCCCCAAAUAUUUCAUUCGGAAACAUGAUCUAUGUUUAUGUUUAUAUGUUUGAAAUGACAUUGCAGGAUUCUGCGGUGGAUAAAGGUGCUGCAGUGUUUCUGAGCGGAUAGUAAAGUAGGUUGCCCUGAUACCAUUAACAAUCUUUCCUAAACUACUAUGGUUUGCUUAUUUUUGAGAUGACUUCCUUCAAAGCAGCUGCGUGCAUUAGCCGGUUUUACCUGCUAUGCAAGAUGUUUUUUGAAAGCAGUUCAACAUUUAGACUCUUCUGUGGUCCUCAAAUCCCUUCUGUUUCAGAAGGGGCUUACUAUCUAUGUUCAUGCAUGGUUGGGGGGCAGUGAGAGAACUAUUCAACUAUUCCCCCCUUCCUUACUUUACCUAAGGAAAAACGCUGUGUGUGUAUGUUGGAGGAUGUUGAAAUAUGCCUGUGUAUGUAAAACUAAAAUGUUUAGAAAAUAUCUGAGAAGGGGAUUCCUUUUUGCUAUCCAGUGGAUCUUACAGCAUGUGGCCAGAUAUUAUCAUGCUUAUACAGCCCAGUUCUCCUCUUUUAUUAACAGUCUUCAGCGAGUUGCACAGAGUAGCUCUAGUCAUGUGGAACUGUUUAGAAAUGCAAGCAGUGACAAUAGGAAAUGUCAAGCUGUAAUGGAAUAAGUGCAGUAGAAUUACAGGCAGCAAAUGUUCAUUAAUAAAUUAGAACCAUGUUUUCUUUUUCUUCUAAUUGCAUUGGUCUCUGGCAGACAAGGGGUUGUAUUUUUCAAGUAACUUUUAGCAUUUACCUUUCAUUUGUCUGGGGGUGUGAGGGGCAAUGGAAGCACAGACCUAUACCAAAACCCAGUCUUUUAAUAAUGUGUUGCACAUUUAAUACUAUUCCUGCUCAAAUGUAGUUGGUUGGAAUGGCUCCAAGAAAUGAUAGCAGACGUGAGACGUGAGACUUAAGGUGUGAACUCGGGGAACAUCAGUCAAAAAUGAGAAGUAGUUGUAGGAAAUCAUGACUGCAAGUAAACACCACAACACAUGCAUCUUGAAUAUUAAAGUUUGCAUGCACUCUGCCACAACCUUUAUUGCUGUGCAAGGCUAUGCAGCUAAAAGGACAGAUUUUGAUACAGUAUUGUGUUAGGAAGACUUAAGUCAGCGUGGAAAAAUCUGUCCGUUUGGUUUCUCUCACCUUCUAAUUCUUUCCAAUUUUAGGUUUGCCACAUUUGUGCAUUGGUUUGCUUUUUUAAAAAAAGUCCUUAUGGAAAUUCAUCAGCAGUAUAAAUUCCAAAUUCUCUUUAUAUACACCUGUUUGGAUGCCUUUUUUUAGGGGGGGGCAAAUAUACAUAAUUUGGCCACCUUUUCCCUUUAAUAUAAUACAUUUUGGUAUGUUACCUUCCCACUAUAUAUGCAUUUUGAUGCAUACCUUCCCUAGUACACAUACAUAUUUUUUGGCUGGAGAACUGCAUCACAAAAUUUGAUGAAGCACAAAUUUUGAAAGGUAGCUGUGUUUCAGUUUGCAUAUAGUUUCAGAAUAUGCCAGUUAGGUAGCUUCAUAUUAAAACGCAAACUAAGCAGAACUCCUUCCCCAGUGCUUAAGACACUUCUACACAUUACAGUUGCUAUAUGAAACAUCAGUGUUUCCUGAAAGUAUGGACGUCAUAUGUGAAUCUUUCAAGACCUUUGUAUCUGGAUCUGGGCACUCAUGGAAUAUUGGCGAUGUUUCCCACAACAAUUGUAAUGUGUAAAUCUGCCCCUACUGUAAAGUUCUGUUACGUAAGCUUCCCUAAUAAAAUUAGCUUGAACUUUGCAGAGGGUUUUCCUAGCACCACAUAGAAUGUUUGGCAACAGAUGAGCCACCCUCCUUGUUAAAUCUGCUUGUUUUUAUUCAAAAGGAGUGCAAGCCCAGUUCUCUCUGCGGUAAUAUCUUUCGAUUUUAACACUCUGCUGAGCUGCUGAAAAGGAACGGGCCACCCAGUUCUUCGAAGAAGCAGCUGUAGCCCUUCGACAGACCUCUCAAUGGCCGGAGUGAAGCAGCACACGUUCUCAUUUGUCUGCAUAAAACAUGGGUGGCCAAAGAUCUCUUGUUUUCUGGAGGUGGCAGCUAUUGUUCCCCGCUCCAGCUUUGCAAUCUGAAAUGGUUUUGUUUGGCUUCCCGUUUCUGCUGAUUCAAAUACAUUUGGAUAACAACAAGGAUUUGCAAAGCAGCCCACAGGAUAGUGACCUCUUACACAACCCCCUCCUUUCUGAGGCUGUUGUUAUGGCUUGCAUUGUCCCAACAGGGUCUGAAAGAGCUGAUCGCUGGAUGCUUUCCUUCUUGUUCUUUGGCAAAGAAUCACCAUUUCAUACCAUAUAUUUAUUGAUGGAGCACAGUGGCCUGCUCUAGGUGUGUGUGUGUGUGUGUGUGUGAGAGAGAGAGAGAGAGAGAGAGAGAGAGAAUUAACACAUGAUAUAUCUGUUCUUAGACAUAUUGCACUUUGCUUUAAGGAAACACACUUUUGAAGAGAGAAACCUUUUUUUUAAAGGGAGCUUUGCAGGUACCAGGUGUUGCCUCUGCAUGUAAAGAUCCAGAAAUGAGUUCUGCAAUCUUUCAUUUCACACAGCAUCAUGUUACCCAUUUCCUUCCUCCAUAUAAUAUCAAUAUCCAAUGCCAAUAUCCACAUGCCUUCCUAAAUGUGUACAGAUCGAUUGGCUUAUUGUACUUCCUAAUUGACAGGAAUGUGAAGCAGGUUCGCACCCUGGAGAUUCCUCUGUAACUAUUGCUACUUCUGGAUACCCAGAGGCUGAAGGCAGAUAUGGCUGGUUCGCUAGCAGUACCCAUACCUUAGUAAUGCCCAGAAUGCAUUGCUGUAAUGCACUCUGUGGUGGGACUGCCUUUUGACAAGUACUUGGAAACCUUAGGUGGUUCAGAAGGCAGCUGCCCAAGAACUACUUGGAGCUUGCAGAAUUCAGAAAUAACUUCAAUAUUAGCCCAAUAUCAUUGGCUGCCAGUUGGCUUCCAUGUUUAAUUCAUGGUUACAUCAUGUUGCACAAUCCCAUCGGCAUUCCAGGAAGUGCUGCUAGGUUCUGAAGUCUUUUUGCGUAAAGAGUCUUGCACUUUGCACAAUUGUGACUAAACAGGGGGUGUUUAAAAACGUUUACAGGGCAAAAAAGAUUUCUUGGCCACUCGUUCCAUUGGGGAGGUCAGCACAGCCCCCCACCCUACCUCACAGAACAUCACAUAAAUUAUUCCACUAUCUGCAAAAGAGUCAGGAAUGAGCCAUCUCUUGUGGGGAGGGACAAAGUAUUUCACAAAAUAGUGGACUGGGCUCAGUGCAGCAUUAAUACACACCUGCUUGAACACUCAGAUCAACUACUGAAGCCCUGUUCCAUGUCAUCCUGUUUUUUGAGGUGUAAUGGCAGGCAAGACAGGUCAGUUUGGGAAUGGCACCAUGGCUAUGGAAUUCUCUCUGGGUAUGUGUAGAUUUUGUUUAAUUUAACAAGAUUUAUACACUGCUUGAUCAAAAGCUCUAAGCAGUUAAUAUAAAACAUACCGUAUUUUUCUCUCUAUUGGACGCACCGGACCAUAGGACGCACCGGACCAUAGGAGGGGGAGAAUAGGAAAAAAAAUAUUUUUUCUUGUUCUCCCCCUCAAAAACAAGGUGCGUUCAAGGUGCAUAAAAGAGCAGGCCUUGCCACUGCCCCCCGAGCUUGUGGGGCUGGCGGUGGGGGGAAGCGCUGCUUUCCCCCACUGCCAGCUUCAAAGAUACCUGAAGCCUUUGGAGCGCAGCUGCACUCCAAAGGCUUGAGGCUUCGGGGACAUCCUUUGUAGCCUCCGCAGGGGGUUUGCGCAGCCAUCCCGAAGCUGGAACAGUGAGACGGAGGGCUGCGCAGCGCCCCGUCUUGCUGUUUUGGCUUCGGGGACAGCUGGUUGCUGUCCGCAAGCCUUGGGAGCCCGGCGGGAGUUGCGUAGAGCUGCCUGAAGCCCAGGGUGCACAGUGCCGCACUCCCCUGGCUUCGGGCUGCAGGCAGCUGUCCGCAAGCCUGCGGAGCCUGGGUUAGCGGAGUCUGUAACCUGAAGCGUAUGUAACCCUAGGUACCACUGUACUGCAAACUUAUUUAUAUUAGAUGGACUGGGUAUCUCAUUUGCUGUUGCCCAAAGUGCUGUGUUGUUUAUGGUGUGUUGCAUUUCCUAUUGUUUUUAUCAUUCUUUUUAGGUGUCUUGGUGGCUUUUCCAACAGGAAGGAGGGAUACAAAUUAUUUUACUAGCAAAAUAAUUAAAAUGAGAUCUCUGUGCUGUUUGUUGGCAUGAUUAGCUGUCAUCAUAGGCCAUAUCCUCUUUUUCUUGUGGCCAGCUUUCUCUUUCUCUCAUGAAACCCUCCUUAUAAGUCUGAAGGGUGUUGAGAGAUUGGUAUCUCAGGCUAACUGAAUAUGUAAACAUUUCUUCCCAGGUGCAACUACAGUGACUUGUAGAGGUGAGGUUAUGAGGAAGCAUUUGAUUGACUGGUCAGUUUGUAUUUCUGCGUUUAUGCUCCUGUUUUCCUUUGCCACUGUAUUUCAUGUGGACAUAUUGAUAGUGUCAAUAUUUAGAGGGACCUGAGAAAUUUUGGAACAUAAUCGAUAAGGUGCAAAGCAGAUGCAUCCACAGACCUUGAAAUUGCUGAGUUGUGCUGAGGUGUAAGAGAACCAGAUUAUUGUAGGUUUGAAAUGUAUGUUUACCUUGCCAAUAUUAUGCUUUGCUGAUAAUGUUCAACUUUCUGCCUUGAAUGUUUGUUGUUGAAGGUACAGGUGUUUUGAUAUUUUGCAAACUUUUAGGCGCAUCAGCAUAUUUUAAACAUUAGUUCAUUUGUGUUCAGUGCAAUUUGUGAAACAUACAGGAGAAAAUAUAAGGCCGUAGAUAAUUUUGUGUCUGUAUUGGUCACUCAUGGAUUCAUUGAUUAUUUAAUGGAGGAUUUAUGCUCUGAGAACACAAGAAGAGUCUGUUGAAUCAGGACAGUGGCAUGUCUAGUCCAGCAUCCUGUUCUCACAGUGGCCACCCAGAUGCCUGUGAAAUCUAAAGGUUGAAUAAAGCUUUAGUCAUCAAUACAGUGUGUCACAAUUUUCAAAAUCACAAGAGAUGUCUUGCGUGAAAGGGCAGAAGUAUUAUAAAACCUAGAUAUUUUGAUCUGAAAGGUUUAAAAUGCCACUGGAAUGCUCUUAUGUAAAUAUACCAUGGCUGUUGAUGCAAGUGCAGUAACAUAAGUUUUAAAGAUGAGCAGGCAGCAAAUAUAUUGAAAGAAAUGACACAUUUAGGGAUGGCCCACAUUUUUAAAAAUCAAAUCUUGACCUUAAACUUUGUGUCUUGUGAGUGUGUAAACUGCAGUGACAAGUCUGUACGCAAUUAAAAAGAAAGUUGGCAGUGAAAACAUUAUUUAGAAUUAUUUCUGUUGUGGGUAACAUACAUUUACAAGAGGCAAGUCCUGCCUAUAUAUGCCACUUUGUGUUUAGACCAUUAAGACAUGGAAUGAGGUUGAUUGCAAGCAAGACUGCAGAUCACUGUUACCUCAAUCUACCUUGUGUUUGAGCAAAUGAAAUUUCCAGUUGUUUGGGACAGUGUGAUAGCAUAGAAGCUUGUCCAUGAGCAUUGUUGUUACUCAGGAAACAAAUAUUGUAAUGUUUGCAACUUCUGUAAGACAAGGGAUCCCCCCUCCCCUUUGUCUGGCAUUAAAGCCUUUUAAGUGGUUUGUGGAUUAGGCAGUGCAUUUGCACCAAACUCUGACCUGGUCUGCGUCAGAACAAGGUGAGAACAAAGUAGAAUGUUCUGUGCCACUUCAGUUUGCAGGUGAAAGAUUACAUUUCUAAAUGGCCCCCUAGUUUAAAAUAAAAAAAUAGCCUUCCUGCAACCAGAAACCAGCAAGGAACAGCCUGGGGUAGAACUUGCUGAUAGACUAGUUUUAUUUUGUUUUUACUUGCAAGAUUGUUCAAAAUGGUAUAUCCCACCUGCAGCCUGUAGUGGUACAAUGUACUCUACCAACUUUUCCUAAUGCAUGCACGGAUCAGGGUCCUGUGUCUGCUGCUGAGAUGGCACGAUGGUGUUUUGUUUUGUUUUGAAUCCUCUUCUGGUGCAAAUAUGCUGAAUAGUGCCUUUCUGCUUGGUUGGAAAUAGAAAUGGCUUCAUAGUCUUAAACCUCAUGUUUCUUUGUGCCCUUAGAAUUUAAUUCUGAUGCAACACCUCCCCACCCUCUUCUUGUAGGCUUAUGUGACAGCUUGCUUAAAGCCCAUUACUGUUGAUUAUUUUGUUACUAUUGUUUUUCUCCCACUGUUUUUGUGAGUCAUUUCCAUGUACAUGUAUAAUUCUGCAGUGAACCCACAUGGGAUGUUUUUUCAGGAAAUGGGUGUAUUUACUGAGCACAUGUGCACCAAGCUCAGCCCAUUCAGGCCUCUGUUUUCUCACACAAAGGUGAACACAGAGCAUGUAAUGGUAGCAUACACUUUUUGCAUUAUCACUGGGGGUGUCCUCUGCAACUUUCUCCUCAUCACUUGGGAUCAUGGUAAGUUCUUGUAAAGGUAUAACCUGUGUAUCACCACUCAUAUGGUUCUGAGUUUAUUAACCCCAUAGCAAAAGGAAUCUUUAGACUCUGUUGUAUUCUGGCUUACUGAGUAAGCUGCCUUCCUCAUGUCUUGUGACACAACUUUACUGCGUAGUUGAACUUUACCACAUAACUAUGUUUCGUUCAUUAACUUAGUUCUAGGCUGUGUUAGAAACUCAGAUAUAUAAACUAGGCGCCAAAUGGCUCCUUAAACCAGGGUUACAUUUGGCAAAAUGGAAUGCCUAAUUGACCAUUUUGGGGCCAGAUGGCUCGAAAAUCAUAUUUUUCAAUACAGUCAUAGCUUGGGUUAUGAAUGUGAUCUGUGCAGGAAGCACGUUUGCAACCUGCAGCGUUCACAGCCUGAAGCGCCGCGUCUGCGGAUGCGUGUGAUGUCAUUUUGUGAUCCUGUGCAUGCACAAGUGCCGAAACCCAGAAGUAACCCGUUCCAGUACUUCCGGGUUUGGCACAGUUCACAACCCGAAAACGCGCAACCCACAGCGUUCGUAACCUGAGGUAUGACUGUAUGAAUUUUUGGUUCCUGAAAUUCAUUGGAUGGAAUUCUACAGAAUGUGUUGCUACUGUGUGAAAACAGUCAACAUCCAAGGAAUGCACCUCCAGAUGGUGGAGACAUCAGAUGCCACCUUGGUGCCCAGGUGAAUUUCGAACCCAUCAAAAUCUGGGAAUUCCAUCACUCUGUAUCUGUUAAUACAGCCCUCCAGACCUUUCUUUCCAACCCUUGUGACUCUCCCAGACCAUGUACCCCUCUCUCUUCAGGCCAUACCCCUCACCGUUUUUUGAGUGUUUUUAUCUAGCUAGUUUGUAUCCUUUAACUGUGAUGAUUUCUCAUGCUUGACUGCAUGCAAGCUGGGGAGAGGUGGUUGUGUAGAAACCUCUGUGUGGUUGGAUGUAGCUUAUGGUACAAAAUGUACGAGUCUCACAUCCAUUGCCUCUGGUCCUGCCCAGCAUCCCACUUCUGACAUACAGGGAUGCGGGUGGCACUGUGGUCUAAACCAUUGAGCCUCUUGGGCUUGCCAGUCAGAAGGUUGGCGGUUGAAAUCCCUGCGACAGGGUGAGCUGCCGUUGCUCUGUCCCAGCUUCUGUCAACCGAGGAGUUCGAAAGCAUGCCAGUGCAAGUAGAUAAAUAGGUACCGCUGUGGCGGGAAGGUAAAUGGUGUUUCCGUGCACUCUGGUUUCUGUUAUGGUGUUCUGUUGUGCCAGGUGGCCACAUGACCUGGUCAUGUGACCUAGUCAUGCUGGCCACAUGACCUGGAAAGCUGUCUGUGGACAAACGCCGGCUCCCUCAGCCUGAAAGCGAGAUGAGCGCCACUCCCAUAGUCGCCUUUGACUGGACUUAACCGUUCAGCGGUCCUUUUCUUUUACCUUUUUUUACCACCAUGGGCAUGUAGUCCCCAGAAGGUUGCUCACAGGGGAAUGUAGCUCUCAAGCUACCCUAGAUCUGAACCAACUGGGACUGAUCUCUUUCAAGAGCGAGGGAGAGAUAUGGGCUGUCUUAGUUUCAGACCUAAUCUUAAAGAAACAAAGAUGGUAUCUGAUUAAGAACACCGGGACUAAGACUACGUACCCUUUAGCAAUGGGUUAGUAAUAUCAAGGAAAGCCAUCUCAUAUGAAUUGUUGUCCUUAUUACACUGAUGCUAAAUGAAAGGCGCCUUGCUAGUGCAGUUUUAUUAGGACACAUGAUUGCAUAACUUUUUGCUUCAUUUAUCCAGCACGAGUUUAGAUGGUAGAAAUUUUGCUCAAGGAAAUUGAGGGUGGUUUUGUUGUUGUUUUUUACAUGAAGUAUAGUAGGAGCCUGCUCAGGAUAUCUUAACUUAUUUUUGAGAUAAUAUUUGUCUAGGCUGCUUUUCUUUUUAUAACAUCAAAAUAAUGUCCAGUGUAAGCAAAACGCAAAACCAAAACCAAAUCAUAAAUUCACAGGAUUAUCUCAAAAAUGGAGAGGGAUGCUAUUUAUGAAACAUGUUUUUUUGUUUUGCUUAUUUGGAUGAUGGGCCUAUUUUUGGCAGAUAGGAGGAAGCCUUGGGGGCUGGGAAGACAUUGGCAUAUAUUCUUUUUCAAAAUGCGUGAGAAAAGUGUGGGAAAGUUGCUCACCACCUCACACAUUGUCACAAACUACACUGAGUAGUUCUAAGCUUACCUGAUAUUAUAGGAGUAGCAAUUUCCACAGAGCUUUCAAUCCUCCUUUCUCACUGAACAUCAAACCCCCUCUCACCUGCCCCAACUCCCCACCCCCCAUUUUGUACCACCAAAAAGGGCAUUUUGACCUGAUUCUAAACUUUCUCCUUAGGUAAACAGAUAACCAUAUCCGGGUGUUUUACAGUAACUGCUGGUGUGUUUUUGAAAUGUGCUAUGUGACUGACCUUGAUACCACACAGUCUAUCCUGGGCCAGUGUGUUUACUGAACAGGAUGACUAAUGCAAAAAGUUACAUCAUAAGUGAUGACAAAACAAAUGCAAUGGAAAGACUUGCAUCUUUCUGAGAUGUUUUGCCCGCAUCAUUAAAAAUCAGCAGGUAAAUGUUGGAGGCCAUGUGUAUAGAUGGAUGCACCUUCCUAGUUGACACCAGGGCAGCCACAUGCACACAAACUCCCUUUUGUGCAGCUGCCUCUUUAUUCCCUCCAAGAUCUUUGACCAGUGGCUUAUAGAAAAUGCUCUUCCCUCUCUCUCUACCAGGUUGCCUCUGCCACAACCAGAAGAGCCACCAGCUGCUGAUGGAGGCCUCCUCCUUCUUAUCAUGAGGGCCACCCUCUUUACAUCUUAAAAGGCUUUGUGUAUCCCUGCCAUCUGCUCCCCAAUGACAGUGUGGCUGAGUUUUGUUCUCCUUCACUUCUCUUAUCCUUUUGGGUGGCAGCUGACAAUGUUCCUGUUCUCCUCUCUUUUUUCCACUAAGAAGGCAAUCCUGCCUCACCUCCUGGUUUUUAGAAGAGCUGUGCAGUUGGUGAUUUAAGGCAGUGAGGAUAGGCAUAGUGCAUGCCUGAUUUAUAACCAUUUCUGCAUGAGGCCACACCUCUCUGGUGUUUAAAAAACUGGCUAGGUCACAUUGUGCCAAGUUAACGGUUUUGCCUAUAUAGAGAAAUCAUGAAGAUUAUCUUAUGACAUGAAAUGACAUCAAUUGUGCACAUUUGGGCAGGCCUGCCUCCAGAUGUGUUUUUAAGCUUAUUGGGGAAUGGCUAAAGGUUGGUGAUGAAGCAACUGGUUUGCUUGCAAAAGGUCCCAGGGUCACCCCCCAGCAUUUUUAGGUAGGGCUGUGAGAAAUCCCUUGCCAAAACCCUGGAGAGCUGUUGCAAGUCAGGGUCGACAGUAUUGGGCUAGAUGAUCUGGCUCUGCGAAAGGCAGAUUUCUCUGCCUCAUUUCCUGGGUUUUACCCAAAUUCUAGCCUUGCUCCUUAGAAUCCCACAGAUUCCCACCUUACAUUUUCUGGCCAAAGUCCCCAGCCCUUACAGAAGCGGACACAGGAGGCAAAAUGUGCAGGCUGUAUCCUUUCCAGUGCUUUUUUGAGAACUGAGCCUGCUAUCAACUAUCAGGGUUCUUAGCUACUGAGUAUAGUCAAAACAGUGGUAGAUGUUUGUAAUCCAUAGAGAUAAAAACAAGAGCCUGACACACCCAUUGUCUGAAGAAAGGGCUUCUUGGUUUAUUUCUCUCCCUGCCCCCCCCCCGCCCGGUUGUCCUUGGUGGCAAAGCGAUUGCUGUUCCUAGAAAACAAUUCAGAAAUCCAGAAGUUUUGUGUAGGUGUUAUGGGGUAGGAACAUUUCCACCCUUAUGCAAAAGAUAGCAGCAAAGUUGGAAGUUUCCUGUUCAAGUCUUGACACUUGUGAGUUUUAUAUAUUUAGAAAAUCACCUAGCCAAUACAAAUACAAAUCCAGUUGUUUCUCCUGUAAGGAAACAUGAGAACAUUGGUUAAACCCACUCUGCAAAGUAGCCCAGUUUUGUUACACCCACAUUGCUGGUGGGAGAGCUAAUUCAUGGCAACCCUGUAGUGUAAUCCAAUAGUUGUUAUCGUGUUCCCUGGAACGUUGGGAUUUUUUAGGGGAAUUCAGUCGGAGGGGACUGACUCAACUCCUCUUUCCCUCUCAUUCCUAAUCCCAGUUCAUAUUCUCCCCUGACCUUACUUCCUCCUAUCCCCAGAGUACAAACAAUAGUUUGUGCUGAAAAUAAACUAGCAGAAAAUUUUAAUAGUUUCGUAACUUAAUGGCACAAUAUCUACUUAGAAGUAAGUCCUACUGAGUUUGAUAGGACUUGCUAACUGGAAGUUAGUAAAUUUUGCAGUUUAAGGCUAUAGUCCUUUACCCAUUGACCUGCAGUAAACUCAACUGAACUCAGUGAGACUUACUUCCAGCAGUGGCAGGGGUGGGACUGCAGUGCUUGAUCAGGCUUCUCAAGGUCGUGUGUUGCUGCAGGUUACCAAGAGGGAGAGGUGGAGGGGCAAGGCAGCAGGGAGGUCAGCAUGGUGCAACGUAGUGGCAGAACCAUCUGACUGGAAAUGUGAGACCAAGCAAAUGAAAAUGUCUGGACUGUGAGCAAAGUCAAAAGCAAUCAAGGCAAGCUUCUAUCUGUAUGAUUUCUAAGCAUCUGUUGCCAGGGCACAUUUGGAAGCAUAAGACCUAGAUACAGAAUUAAGAGAGUGAGAGUGAGAGAGAGUAUAAUAGUUUGACACCCCAAGAGGGAAAUAAUUUGGAGAUUAUUUUCAUAAAGAUCCCCAUCAUGCUCUAAGUACUUCAGUGAGAACUGAAGUGCCUAUGAUAAACUUCGGCAUAUAUGCCUAUGUGGCAUAUUUUACGUGCCUACAAUGUGGUACUGUCUUCUUCCUCUCAAAAUUGAUGUUACAGGCAGAGAAGUCUUGGAUAAAGCAGGGUUGCAGCUGCAGAAUAUUUCCCACACCAGGCAGGAUAUGCAAAAGUAUUUUGGGUGUAGGGAACCAGAGAGUGAGGUUUGCAUAUUCACUGCUGGCAAAACAAACCUCCUGCAUCUUUUUCUUUCCUGUUGCUAAAAUCUUUCAGGCUUGUUUUCUAUACACCAUGAUUCAGGGCAACAGGAAAAGUCAUUUGGUUUAAAAAAAAAAAAAGGAAAAUAAUGGUGAAAAGGUUGGUUAUGACUUCCCUGAAUAAUCAUUACUGAAAUUUGCCUGCUGCUUGUUUACAGUAAAUAUUUGUUGUACUUCUGGAAAAUGUAGCAUGAUGUGCCAUGGAAAUUGGUCUCAUUAUUUCUUAGUUUGGAAAACCUAGGGAAAGUACUUUUCAAAAAAUAAAAUUGUUUUCAGGUUUUUGACUUACUGUAAUAGUGCAGAAUUGCACUGUGCUGUUCUUUUCCAUUCAACAAAAGAAAGGGUAUCAAAUCAGACACAGGCUAAUGGCUUUCCAUACUCUCAUUUUCUUGCCAAUACCUGUCAGCUCCAAUAGUACAAUGAUAACAUUGACAUGAGUCAAGGGAACUGCUGGAGAUUGGGAAAACAAUAGGUUUCUUUCCACUUGUUGAACAUUUUCAACCGCUUUACAAUUUGGAAAUAGUAAGUCACAGCACCCUGUGGUGCAUGAAGCUGUGUGUGCAGUGCUUAUUCAUUUGGGAUAAAAUAAAAAUGGUUCAGGUGAUGCCAUUUGUAGUGGACCAGCUGCGUUGGUAGAUCAUCAGUGUACACAGGACUCUUCUAUGCAACUUGAAUCCUUGCUGCUCCAUUCAUUUAUAAGUGUGUCACAAUUUCAUCCCCUGUUUUCCCCACCAAACUCAAGGCAGUGUACAUGGCCUUUCUCCCAUGCUACCCUUUCAGCAACCCUGUGAGGAAGAUUAGAUUGAGAGUAUGUAGUCCUAUGUAAUCCAGUGACUUCAUGGCUGAAGUCCACUUGAAGGCAUAAAAGAGGACUUUUAGUUAGCAACUUUUUCCAACAAGGGUUGAAAGUGAACUUGGGCCUAGUCUGUCUUUGUUGGCCUGAAGUUGGGCCCUUCUGUGUUCUAUGAUCCCCCACCUGGUGCACUUCCUGUUGUUGCAAGGUGACAUGCAAGGCAUUUGGUUCACCACCCAUGAGGGACCUGUCUGCACUUCUAUAGUCCCUUAUGCUGUGAGCUCUGGUUCAGUGGUUCUUGCCUGCCAGCAUUGGUUUCAGUGGUCCGCUGACCAUCAGCAUCAGGUUCAGAGCCAGGACCAAGUCCUUAGCCAGUAACUCCUUAGCCUUCACUCCUUGUCUUGGCCACAAAUGGACUCCAAGGUUUUGACAAGUAUUGGGGGACACAUACGCAUUGCCAAAAGAGAGAACAAACAAGGAAAACAGCUUCCCAUAAAAUCAGCAUGUACUAAUAUAUAUCUGUAGAUGCAGUUUUGGAAAUAAUUGCUGUAAUGCAAUAAUAAUAAUAAUAAUAAUAAUAAUAAUAAUAAUAAUAAUACAAUGCAUGCCACUGUAGUAGGGAAGAUUGUGACUGAUUUUUUAUCUGUGUGCCUGCUCAGUCUGGUGUCCUAGUGUUGCUGAUGGGUGACUUCAAGACUCCUGUUCUCCUUUCUUACGAUUAUUUCCCCCCCCCUUGGACUGGAAAGCUUCAAAUCAAGCUCUACUUGUAAAGGGGGACUGUCCUCUGAUAGCACUUCAAAUAAGGACUGUCCUUUGAAAAGAAGGUUACGUGGGAUAUAGGAUGGGGCCAUUCUCACAGCCACUGUUGGGAUCCUGUACUUACACGGCUUAGGUUGGGGAGCUGGAAGACUGGAAGGAGCAGCUUGGUCCUGACAGUUGGAAUGAGGGUAAAUGGAGCCAAUGUAAUGCAACUAAUGUAAUAUUGAUGGCUUCUUCUCCUCAGAUUCAUAGCCCUGGCUUGGUAUGAAUAGGAGUUGCAGCAGGGGCUUUGCCCCAACUUUGCUUGGUGUGCCCCCAGCUUUCAAAAUUGGCCACUUUGGAACCAAGUGAAGAUGCCCGUGCAUCAGGAUGGUGCCUGACGUCUCCACCAUCUAGAGGUGCAUGCCUGGGGAUCCUUGGAUCUUGACUGUUUUCACACUCUAGCCACACAUCCUGUAGAAUUCUAUUGGUUAUAUUUUAUCUGCAUAAUCAGAAUGAAUUUCAGAAACCAGAAAGUUGUGUUGAAAAAAUGGCAACUAGGCAUUUUGUUUUGGCGACUGUAACCCUGCUUUAAAGAGCCACUUGGCACCUAGCUUAUAUAUCUAACACAGUGUCCAUCCCCUUCUGAGUUGAUCUAGCAAGGAGGCUGACACACAGGUAAGCAUGUGUGCUGUGCUGCUGUCCUUUUCAGUUGCCUUAAUUCCUACUCCCCUUUUCACGUUACCUAUCUUCUCUCGUUUCGGCUAGCAAGCUUUCUUUGGGGAAGGGGUUGGGGCAGUAAAAGGAUGCUUACAGAUGGGUAGGGGGGCCAGCAGAGGAGAGAGUAGCCGACAGUGCCUUUCAGUUGCUAAUACUGUUGCAAUGCAAAGAUCCUUCCAAGUCAUUGUUUGUUGUGCUGCUGUGAAAACUAUUGUCCACUGCAUUGUUGUAUCACCUAGGAAAUCUUCCAGAAACAAAGUUGAUUCAUGCAUAUCAUGCUCAAAAGGCCUGAUAUUUGCCCUGAAGUUACCCUUGCAUAUUUCCCAGGUAUAUGCACUCCUGAACAGAUGAUAGGCAGCUACAGAAAUGGAUGGUGGUUGCAUGGAAGGGGUGGAGGAGAGAGACUUCAGCUAUUGAGAAUUGAAAACCAUUGUAAUGUCAAGCAUUUUACACGAAAAGGGAACCUCCUCUUUAACCUCUGCAGUAUUAACGCUGUAAAUUGCUCUUGGAUAAAAAGUCUCUCUUUGUCAGGUUUUUGAAAACAAAUAAAAAAAAUCCUUCCAGUAGCACCUUAGAGAUCAGCUAAGUUUGUUAUUGGUAUGAGCUUUCAUGUGCAUGCACACUUCUUCAGAUACACAGAAGGAUACACUGAAGAAUACUUUCGUGCAUGCACACGAAAGCUCAUACCAAUAACAAACUUAGUUGGUCUCUAAGGUGCACCUGGAAGGAUUUUUUUUAUUUUGUUUCGACUACGGCAGACGAACAUGGAUACCUACCUUGAACUAGAAAAUUGGACUUCAGUGCUCCCUCAACCAUAUGCUUCCCAAAUGCUGAAUUAAGCUGCAGCAGUACGAAGUGGAGCACACCAGCCCCAGCAAUGGAAGGCCUGAGGCAGAGAAUUAGUUAGGUGUGAGAAACCGAGGGUAUUCCCCCCCCACUCUUGCCUUGAAACCAAUUUUCACUAUUCAUAGGCUGAAGAGAAUUAGCAGCCCGAAUGAAGUCACAAUGAGCUCAUUGUUGUUCAGCGAGUUUUUAUAUAGAGUCCCAGAUCUGAUCUUGAAACUUUGUGUUUUAACUGUGCUCACAUGAUUGGCUCAGAGACCCUUAGGGGGAGGCUUCUCAUCAUGGUAGUUAGAAUGUGCUGGUCAAAUGGUUCCUUUAAAGGCUGAGACAUCUCCUUUUCGUUUACGUGUAUUGUUCUAUUCUGCCCCCUUGCCCACCGUGUGACCAAGCAGUGAUAAUGUUGGGGUGAGCUGUCAGCUCUGCAAAACCACUUACAUGAAUGCAGCAGAGCUGAUCACAUUCUCGUGAUCUCAUUCUGCAAGAUGAGAUCAUUUACAUGAGGUCAACAAGCUAUCGCGCCGUGUAGGCCGUUCUCUAGAGUAUCUAAACCAUACAAACAGUGAUGUAAGCUCCGUGCCAAGUAUAUAUGUAAUCACUCAUUGUGUUUUGAUGUGGCGAAGCUGUGGAAUUUAGAAUUUUCCCUUCCCCUCUCUUUUAAUUCUCUUUUAAACUAACUGAAAGCCAUCAGUACAAUUGCCCUUGAAAAGGGUUUUGCUUCGUCAGUUUCUGACUUCAUGUGUUGUCAGGGAACUGCCAUCAGUACUGGAGGGAGAGCGCGAAAGCCAGAGGGAUUCCAGAGGGCGUCCAGGGAUCGGGAGAAGCAGCCCAUCUUCUGGGGAAGAGAAUCAGCGUAGCACCAGUGGAGAAUGGGAGCAGCUGGGGGAAGUGGCGAGGCGGUCCCAUGACUCCUUGCCUGGGACCAGCGGGGAGACUAGGGGUCCUCCGUUGCCCACGCCCUCCCUGCGCAGAAGGCUUCCACGCAGAGAGGGUAGGCGGAGACUAGGCGUCAAAGAACUUCUUUGCUGGAAGAAGUUUAAGAAACGCCCACUCACGGAUUCUGCCAGCGAUUGAGUCAGCCACGGGCGAGUGGCUGUCCGGACAGAGAAGGUUCACUUUGGCAGCCCAGCCAGGUGUUUGCACCCAGCCAGCAAGAUAGGCACCUGCUUACACACAAGCAACCCCCUUAGGAACCAUUACAGCAAUCCGAGAGUCCCUGACGUUGCUUGUGCACAGCCCGGGGAAGGCAGCACGAUGAGCCAGACAGGACCAGCCAGAGAGACAGAGCAAGCAGCCAUGGUGCGAAGUCUGGUCGAGAGGAAUCGAGACCUGGAGGCACAUGUCGCUACCUUGUCGGCGCGGCAGGCUCAGGAUGCGCAGGUCAGAGCCACCCCGAUAGGGAGGAAGGUCCCCGGGCUGGUAAAUAAGUUUGGGGGGAAGCCCCAAGACUACAAUGCUUUCCGAACGGAAAUUCAAUACGCUUUGGAAUUGCAGAAAAAUGACUUUGCUGAUGAUAGGGAGAGGGUGGCGUACAUUAUUGGACAUCUGCAGGAUGGGGCACGGGAAUGGAUCAGGCCCUUGAUGGCGACGGAGAAUGAUGCAUUAAAAGAUCUUUAAAAAUUCUACCAGGCAAUGGACACCAUGUUCUCCAGCGAGGUGGAGCAAAGUGUGACACGGAGGGAGCUGCUGGGGUGCAAGCAGGGGAGCCUGUCCGUCAGAAGCUACUGGUCGCGUUUUGCGAUGUUAGUGCACAAGCUCGGGUGGGACCUGGGCUCUGAACCAGUACAAAUGCUGUUUGAGGCAGGUUUGGCUCCCGAAGUGAAAGACGAGUUGUCCAGAGCGGUCGAUGGAUGAGCUCACAAAGACUGUGCUUGGGAUUGGUGUACGCCAGGAAGCGCGGGCUCAGGAAAGGCGGGAGAUAAGGGGGGAGCGUUUCCAUGGCAACCGGAUUCCUGAGAUGCCGAGGGAGCCUUCCCAGGUGGCAGAGCCAAUGGAAAUUGAUGGAGCGCGUGCGCGCGAAGUUUCAAACGCUAGCGAAGUCCGGAAAAAGGAGGGAAAGGAGUGGAAAACUACCAAGAAGUGUUUCCUUUGUCAGCGGCCAGGACAUUUUGCGAGGGUCUGUCCCCAACGAAAGGCUUGGCAAGGCAUGAUGGGGACAGCAGGCCAUGAUGAGAAGGGGGAGGAGGGGCCGGUUCAGGGAAACGAGAAAGCCUGGCUGCCAACCAGCAGGGGCAGCAGCCAGGCCAGCGACCAAUAGAAGUGCCCCGGCCUGACCCUCCCAAAGCAGCUAUAGCCAUUGAAGUGGUGCUAGAACUCCCAAAUGGGCACCCAGUCAAGGUGAAUGGUCUGCUUGAUUCGGGCAGCUCAUGUAAUUUCUUCAGUAGAGACUUCGCCCUGGAGCACCAGCUCCACCUGUUGCCACUAGAUUUCCCCUUGCAGGUGACCACCAUUGAUGGCAGGGAACUACUGGGAGGGGAAGUGACACACUAGACUCCGCCAACGCGGAUGAGUGUUUCCAGGCACACGGAAACCAUGGCCUUUCACGUGGCCACGCUGGCGGGACCCCCAAUAAUACUAGGAAUGAGCUGGCUGGCACUACAUGACCCAGUGGUGUCAUGGCAUCAGCGGUCGCUCACCUUUGGGUCAGCUUACUGCUUAGAACACUGCCUGGGAGGAAAGGAACCAAGAAUGACUGUGGCCAGGGUGGCCCUGGAGGAAAAGGGGCGGGUGCCACCGCAAUAUGCUGAUUUGAAGGAGGUCUUCAGCGUGUAAGUCCACGUGUAAGCGUGAAAGUCCGUCUUCUCAUGUAGCUGUUCCAGUAGGGCACUUGUUUUACAGAGAGCACACAGCAGAGCUUCUGAAUACAUUGUCCUGCAAGGUCAGAAGUCUAUUCCCACGAUCGUAAUCUGUAACAGCUGCAAGCUCCCCGAUUCAGAAUUUUCCCCUCUAGGGGAAAAACUUCUAUUUAUUCUUUUCUUUUAAAGACAAAUCUAACAACAAAGUUUCCUUUUUCAGAUAUUUUGUCAAUAUUUGUUCCUUUAAAAUGCGAAGGGGAACAAUGGAAUCACUAUGUUUCUCUUCUUUUAGCUAUCUGUCAAAAAUGUUUGUCUCUGGUCAAUGAGCUUCAAAAAACGUCAGUCCUGACACCCCGCUCCAGGAUCAAGACGGUGGAAAGUUACUUUACUUUACACUCACUUCUACAGGUUUAAACAGUUCAGAAAAAAUCCCCCCUCUUCUCCUGCUUCCGAAGGGGGUUCAACAAUCUUAAAUGAUGAAAGUUAGUCCUUUACAAGCGCUUUUCUGAGCUCUAGUUUGCCAUGUCUUUGCUUUAAUCUAUCUACAAAGAAACGGAAGGCUGACUUCCUGUUUAGACCUUCCCGUUUCAGUGCCAAAUUGAAAUAAACUUUUAAGUCCAAUUUUCCUUUCUGCACGCAAGUCCUUAUUUAGAGUCCAAUUGUCCGAAAUUUAAGUACUCACGGGUGAUUGUUUUAGAAGCCAAAUUGUCCCAGGAAAAAGGCAGCGCUCUCCGGCAACGGCUGUGCGGCUUCACUCCACGGAAGAAGCAGUUGACUCUCAGCACUGCGCCACUUCCCCCUCUUUGUUCCGGAGCCAUUAGUGGGUUCCUUUGCAGGUUGGGGGGGGGGCGAUCUGGCUGCGACAUCUGUCACCCCAUUGAUCGCCAGGGUUGAUUCGGCUGAUCUGGCUGGCUAGGCGGGUGUCCCCUCCUCCCUCACCGCUCCAUGUGCAUCCCUCCCGAAGCUGCGCGCUCGGUGGAAGAGGACGACCAUCCCAGAUAGAAGGAGUGUACCGUUCUUCGGUCAAGGGUAUACGAUAGCUGCGCUCCCCUGCUAGAACCUCCAAACAAGCUCAUGGUCUCUUAAACUUUUGAAUCUCAGAGCAGGAAUCUAAAUAUUGUGGAAAACAGAAUGUAGAACUCCCUCCCCGCAUGGAAAGCCAGGUAAGGGGACACAGGGCAAAGAACAAGAUGAAUUUUAAACACCCACCCACUCAACACCUCUGAAGCACAGCAGCCUGACACUUAAAAACAUAACUAGAUAAUAUAAUUUGCAUACAGUGUUAGUCUCUACAGCCCCAACCAACUUAGCCAAUAGACAGGCAGAGAGAGAGAGAGAACACCAAUUUCCUCACUUUUACUGCAAUGUUAUGUGUGGGACUCACAGAUUUCCACCUGCACUGCUAUCUUUGUGCUUCGGAAGUCAACUGGGAAGGUAGUAAGGGGAAAUCAAGUGUUGCUUGCUUCCCAUGUUAAGGCAGAAGCAGAGAAAGAAGGGAGUAUGAGUUCAUUGUCAUGACCUCCAUAGAGUCGCACACUGGGGGAAAUGUGUGCAACUCCCUAAUGAGGGUGUAGUGGAUCCCCUGUUCCCUUAGCAAAGGGUUUAACAUAACAUUUGUCAUGGUGGCAGAAAGGUAGUGAUCCUCCCUCUACACUUUGCUGCCACGAAGAUGGGAAUGUUUCAGAGUGUAUUUUUGUUUCAGCAUUUCCCCCGCUCUUUCUGGUUUUCUGGUUUUAAGUAUUUAUGGUGCUGAUUUAAGCUGUGGAAUAUUAGUUACUCAAACCACCACUUCUAAGGAAACAACGUCAAAUUUCUGGUUUUCUUCUUCUUUUCUGUUCACAUUACACUGCUGUGGGCCUGAGAAAGCGUUGUGCAACAUUGCUGGUUUUAAAACUGAUUCCUUGUAGUGUUUAACUCCUCUUGUUUUGAAGAGCAUCGGAAGAGCUGUUUGAAGAAAGUCAACUGAAACGGGGUUAACAAACAAACACCAAACAAAACCCUAAUUAAGUCUUCUAGAAAUUUUCAUAUGGCUUUAAAGUUAUAGUCUGUGGUUCUCAAAUUGCUCCAUGAAAUAGAUGGGGCAUCUGGUCACUUAGAGAACCUCUGCUAACCUCUCUGGGUGGGCUGUAGAUAUCUGCUUGUGAGAGCCACUGUGCGCCGUUAGGGAUUUGCAUGCGUGGAGAUGUGAUGACACCUGCUUAAGAGGUUAGGGGACAUGGUAUGUUAUAGUGGCUUGACUGCCAAGAUCUGUACCUGUGAUGGUUUUCUACUGCUGUAGUAAAUAGGAAGUGGAGAAAGAAGUCCUGGGUGACAAAAGAGGUAUUUUGACUCAACAGUCCCUCAUUUUAACUGGACUACUAUCAUUGAUCCUGUUAGUCCAUUUGGACUAGCAAAGAUUAAUGUGGGACUUGUCCUUUGUGCAGGUCAAGUCUACACGUCUCCAUCUGAAUGCAAGUACAAAAUUGCUUGGGCCAGCCUUUUGAAAUUUCAGUGGUUGCUUUCAAAGAGAGAGAAAUAAACAGCACUACAGUCUUCUUUAAUGUUGUUUCAGUUUUAUCUAGUUGCUUUUACUUUGAGGUUCUUGUGUAAAAACCAAACAGAGAUUACAUGUUCAAGGUAGAAUUCAGUGUCACACUAUUACAAACAUUCUGUCCGUGCAAGAAUUUGCCAGACAGAAUUACUGCCCCUCUGCUACCCCUGCACACUGUCCUGGGGGUUAUAUCUACCCCUGAGUCAGAUUGGGGGAGCUCACAGGGGAAGUCUUUGUGCAGGACUUCUGCUGAUGGGGCACCUUUGGUGAAUCCUGCCCACAACAUUUUAGUAUUCAGAUGUCAAUACUUUUCCCCAUCCUGCUCUUGAAACAUUGCAGGAGAGACAUGCUAGCCAAUUACUCAGCAGAAAAAUGGAGUGUUAUCCAGAAUAGCUGCAUUAAUAUUUCUGUCUGUUUAUUAGAGAUUUUUUCCCCCGAUGAGAGAACCUUAAGGUUGCAUUCCACAAUAUGACAUUAAUUACUGUUUUGCAAGGGCAAAAAUGGGAAGGUAGAGUUUUCAGGGCUAAGUUAGACUCCUGUUUGGAGAACCCUUGUUCUCUGAAUAAAUUUGUCUGCACUCAGGACUCCCUUCUCUUCAGUGAUUCAUUUGUUCACUUGACCUCACACAAACCUAGCUGUGUUUAAUUAAUUGCGCAAGCUACAAAUCCUCUGUAAUCAAAUCAGCACAGGAAAACUGAGGAAUAUGAUGAUCUCAAAUGUGUAUGGCAUUAAAUGGUAAAGUAACAAUGGACGAGCAAUCGGGUUCUCUGGUGUCUUGCAGUGUAAGAACUCUCAUAUGACAGAGUGUUCUCCUUGGCUGCUGCAGUUGCAGUUACUCAAUGCCUCAUUCUGUUUCAGCAUUUAACCAGCUGUAAAGACAUUUAUUGAAUUAUUUGUUCCUUGGCCAUGAGUAAAUCAUUGCUUGUGUGACCCUAUAAUAUAAGGGAUUUGAAUUAUUUAUUUUUUUAGAGUAAUGGCCAGGCGCAUGCUGCUGAUAAACCUCAUGAAUUUGGAGAAUACACAGAGAUUUUCACAUAUUUUAUAUAUAUCAACAAAUAUUUCAGCAUUUUUCACUGUGAAAGAGCAGAUGCCUUCCUCAAGCUGUCAGAGCUGCUUGCGAGGUGGCCUAACCUCUCAUAAACCUUGACGUGGGGCUUAAGGUUGGGUUUUUUUUUUGUCAACAAGAAUCUGAGCCUCCUUCUAGGAAUUUGGUCUUUAGAGUGACCUUUGGAUUCAGCCAAGCAAUUGCUUGAACAUGUAUUGAAUGCUUUACUCAAUCAUAACCAGGUCUGAUUUUUUCCCUCUGAGUUCAAAAUUUUUCCAUGACCUACGAAAUUUUCUGUGGCUGUUUUGGUUCACAAAUACACAUUUCCUGCCCUUUUCCAGUUAAGAGCGUAACCUGGAAAAUUAUUGAAAACAUUGUGCCAUUUGUUUGUUUGUUUCUUUUAAAAAUGGCUUAUUCCUGGCUUGUAAUAAAAGACCGCUGGCCACAAAUUUGUCUUCUGUCCUUACGUCUUUUCCACUUUGCACACAACCAGGUUAAACAUACACACCUACUACUGUUUCUAACAUUGUCCUAUAUGUGCAAGUUCAGUAGUACGCAUUAUGUGUAGCUGCUUGCUUGUAUGAGACAGAUUUAUUUUCCUUUCAUUACACAAUGCAGCCUCUGUGGUUGUCAUUUGAAGUGGAAAAUGACAAACCCACCUCCAGGAGUACCUGUAUCUUUUUUCUAGAAGGAGCAAUGUGUUUGUGGGGAGGGAAGCUAUAGUAAUAUGGUGCAUCUCCCCACCCCUUCCAGCAUACUGGCCUUCAACUCAGAUUUCAGCCUUGUUUAUUGCAUUUUGUAAUAAAACGUUUCAAAAGUCCCUCACAAAGAACUCAGCUUCAGCUUCUGUAUUUGUUAAUAUACAUAUGAUGUUGUGCUUUUGACCUGACAGGAAGACUUAAUGGUGGCAUAAACUGAAUUAGUUUAAGCCUUUUCUUCAGAAGACUGUUCAGUUAAAUAGCUAUUUCUAUUUAAUAGCCUAUCAACGGAGAGUGUGUGAGCGGGUGCCAUUUACCCAGAUGCUGAUUACUGCGGUUGGACAGCUUUGUUGCAAUUUGCUAACCUUGUUUACCAAACGAAAAUUGACCUCCUAAACCUCAUUGACUUAGUUGUGUGCCAUUUUUAAACAUUUUAUAUUAAAAAAAAAUUAUUGGCACAGUAUUGUCAGGCACACGGGCAGAGGAUUUGUCUCUGCCCUUUCCUAGUAUAGAAUUAAUUGAAGAUGCCCCAGAUUUGAAACAGCCUCAUCGCAUUUAAUAAUGGCAGUACAAGACAGAAUGCUCAGUGUUGCAGUGGUACCAUGAAGUUCAGCCCUUGGUUUAUUUGGAACCAGAAGACAAAGAGCAAUUGGGGAUAGAGUCAGCAGUUAGCUAAAUGGGUCUGUAAUAUGUAUAAACAUGCCUGCGUGUUUUGGCCUGCUAAUGUGGCUAGACUAGUGUGUAACAGAAACCAUGUUUUCUCCACUCUGUUUACAACUUCCACGAAACCGCCACAUUGGCAGCAUAUUUUAAGGGCAUUUGUUUGAACACAUGAAGAUAAGACACAUGCAACCAGAACAGUAUUUCAAAGCAGUUCUAAAGCAUUGCUUACUUGGAGCGAAUAUUUUAGGUGUUUGGUUGAGAUCUGCCACUAAACGAAAUGCAUGUUGCAAUAGUAUGAUAUUGUCUCAUAAAGUACCCGAUUCCAGUGCCUGUUUCUGGGAAGCUAAUCUGGGGCAUUUCAAAUGACUGUAAUGCUAUGAGCCAAUAGAAUAAUAUGUUCAGUUUUCUCUGCUCACAUGUUCCUGAAAGAAUUAGCAAGAUGACAAAAACAACUGUUGAAGUCUGACUCUCUCUCUCUCUCUUCAGAACAGUUAAUAGCUGAAUUGCUUAUUCUCCUUUUAGGUCUGAAACUCGUGUGACAAUAUAUGUCUUCCAAGGUCUUUUGCCUUGUGAGAACAUUUACUUGCCGUCCUCUUUGAGAUUCUGCCUAGAAGAUACUUUGGCCUUUCUGUUCUUUUCUCCUGAGCAUCUCUCAACCACUUGGGGCUCAACACAAGGAGGAGAAGGAUAUAAGCGAUUAAAUCGACAACAACAACAACAACAACAACAACAACAACUUUCUUCUGGCCUUCAAGUGUCCCUUUCUGCCUUGUGUUCUCCUCGCCCUGGAUUUUUCAUAAACUCUGCUAAAUCCAUUUUAUUGAUCUGCUAUUCUCUGCGCCUGCCUGGCAGCAUCAAGCAUCCUUUCUUUGCCGCAAUUGGAUUUGAAAUUUGA